AUGCCUGGUAUACCGAGAAAGCCUUACUGCCAGCCGUGUAAGCGCAGGAGAGUAAAGUGUGAUGAGAAGUGGCCAACAUGCUCAGCGUGCGCUCGCGCAGGCAUUGUAUGCCCAGGACCAUCUGGAAGGAAAUUCGUGCUCAACAACAAUCACAAAGCCGGAAAAGAAGAUGGAUUGAUAUAUUCCUCUAAACCCAAUAAGCCCACGACCGGGUCAUCGGCGUCAUCUGGCAGCCUGGUGUUAGCAGAACGGCCUGCCCCAACUACUGUCCAAACUAUGGGCCAUAACUCCGUAUUCCGAUCUUACCGUCUUCUAGAUGUCUGGGACUCCCGUAUUCCCAUGAACUCAGCCGAACAAUUAUCAGCGCGCUUAGUUGCCUUGAUAGAGGCAUCUCCUGGGCUGCCCGAGUUUGGUUUCAAGUCUCUCCGAGAGCUUCCCCGUCGCCUACACUUGAGCGAAUGCCUUGAAGAUAGCGUUCGAUAUUGGUGUAGUUCUUGGAUUGACCACCAUCGGGGUCUCCAUGUGCCAAGCAACAUGUCCUGGAAUUGCCACGUAAAGGUGAUCCGGAGUCUCCAGCGAGCCUUACAGGGUCCUCAGGCGCUCAGCAUCGAGACCGCGGCAGCAGCGACAGUUCUACUCAAAACGGGAUAUACAUUCAAUCCUGAUGGAUCCGCGGAAGGAUCCAGGUUAAAAGGGCAAUAUACAGGGAUCGCGACAUUGGCGAGGUUAAGGGGCAUCCCGAACAUCGAUGAUCCAUUUGAUGUUUUAUUGGCAUAUGAACAAAUGUUCAUCAUUGAAUGUGUUCGCGGCUUUACCACUUCGCACGAGGCUAACUUCUAUGAUACACCUCCCUGGCAAGAAAUUAAGCCAAAGGUUAUCGAGAAGGUCGCUUUGAAUGAAGGUGGUCAAGAAAUCGAUAUUUAUAUUCUGAAGGCUAGGCUGCAUUACGUGGACAUUGUCAAGGACAUUAAAUUAUGCUAUGAAGACCCUAUUCGCUUCUAUGACAAGGCGAAAAAGGUGGAACUAGAGAUGCGGCAAUAUUUGUUCGACAUCGAGGCUCUUUUCCCCAGCCACUGGGCCUAUGCGGAAAAGGUGUCUGGAAGCAUUACAGAAACUCUAGAUCCCGACUUCUUCUUAGGAAGAAAAUAUGUUCUCAAAAGCCAGAAGACAUUUGGGAUUCUCGGCACCGCCCUCCAGUCGUUUUUCCAUCCAUGUCUCAUUAUUUUCCGUAUCAGAAAGCUUUAUAAUGAGCCGCCUGAUAUAACUCUCCAGAAAAAGUAUCGAGACUGGUGCGAACGGUUCUGGAUGUUUAUUCCUCAUUUACGAAGCAGAGACCCCAUGGACUUUUACGAUGAUCUUUUCAUGUAUUUCUUUACAAUCGAAGCUGCGAACGAGCAAGAAACGCAACAUAUCCUAGAAUUCACCAAGCACAUGGACGUGGGAAAUGAGUAUCUGAACGACUACGGUGCCCUGCUGGAGGAGAUCAAAGUCGGGGUCGAGUUCUUGAUAGGAGCCCGGGCUGAUAUAUCAACGGCAAAACCAGAACCAGCUACCGAGGUUUUCGAGGCAUAG